AUGAAAUACAAACAAUUAUAUCCAAAAUCUGCUCGAUCAACCGAAUCAUCAAUGAAUAUUAAUCAUCAACGUAAACGUUGUUUAUUAUGUGAUUCAUUACUAAAAAGUCAUCGGUAUUUACUAAUGGGUAAAUCUAUUCAAGAAUCUAUCAUAAUUAAUAAUAAUAAAACUAUAACGUAUGCUGAAUGUUGUCAAAAAUAUUUAAAGAAAACAAAUGGAUUUAAUAAAUUACAUAUAAUAUGUUUAAAAUGUUGUGAUAAUUUACAACAUCUUCAUUCAUUACAUCUAGAUGCUGAAGAAUUAACUAAAAAAUUACGUCAAACAUCAUUUAAAACGAAACGUUUAAAUCAUAUUCGUCAUUCUCAUUCGAAAAUCGAUACAAAUAUUGAAAUUAAAGAAGAAUCAUUAUCAGUUGAAUUAGUAUCAGAAUCUGUUAUUUCAAAUAAUCCCUAUAUACAUUAUGAUACUGCACAACAUAUGCAAAUAUCAAAUAUUCCAAGUGUUCGUUCAGCAUUUGUUCCUCCUCCACAAAUAUUUUCAAAUGAACAUCAAAACUAUUUAUAUCAUCAUUCAAUGAAUAAUGUGUCUUCAUUACCCUACGCCCAAUUUCUGAUUGAAUCACCUAUGUCAACAAAUUUUUCUCAUCAACAACAAGAGAAUGAUUCAAAUAAUCAACAAUUAUCGCUCGAUGAUGAUCGAUCACUUUCACCAUGUACAAAUGAUGAUGAAAAUGGCUCAAAAAAUACUCGUUUAACUCGUCGUCAAUAUGAAUUUUUAACUAAACUACCUGAUCAACAAUCAUUAAAUGCUUUUAUUGAAGCAUCAUCAUCAGAAUCAAAUUCUCGUUGGACAUGGCGUCGAACAUCAGCUAAUUCACGUGGAUAUAAAAUUUAUUAUGUAUGUAAUUUUUCAAUGCGUCGUCAUUAUCAUCCAUGUCCUGCUGCAAUGUAUGCACUUUUUAAUCCUGAAGGAACAAUAUCAAUUUAUGCACAUGGACAACAUCAACAUAUUCCAAAAAAUCGUCUUCCUUUAAGUAUAACUGAUGAAAGUAAAGAUGAAAUAUUUAAAUGUUUACAAACAGGUAUGUCAUCAAGUGAUAUACGUGAACAUUUAAUUCGUCUUCAAUUACCAUUUGGUGAUACAAAAAAAUUAAAUAAUUUUAUUAAAUAUCAUAAAGAAUUAUUACGUUUUGGUGCUGUAACUAAUGUUAGAUUAAAUGGUAGUGCUUAUCGUCAACCACAAUUUUGGGCUAUUCGACGAACAUCACCAACAAAUACAAAUACAACAGUAACAUUAUAG